AUGCAGCAUGGUAGUAUGGCUGCCUAUGUUCAGGCCCUACACCAAAGAUUAGGCAGGGUGCAUAAACAAGUCUUUGAUUCUAUUCCAGAUCCAGACUGAUUCUGCAACUCACAAACUGCAACCUAGUGAUUGGGUGGUGAUAAAGAGGCAUGUGAGGAAAGGACUUGAACCACGCUUUGACGGUCCAUUCCAAGUGCUCUUGACUAUGGCUACCUCAGUGAAACUAAUAGGAAAAGACACGUGGAUACACGCCAGUCACG